UAGCAACAGUUGCCUCGAGACCCCCGCACGCCAUAGUGACUGUAGCCGUGGAGACAGUUACUUACCAACGGGUGCAACACUCAGCAACAGCAGCAGCAGAAGCAACUGGAACUCAACGAGCAAGUGAGAGAGGGGAAAGAGAGCACAGCCAGGGCAGAACUUAUACAAGGCAAAGCUGCAAGAUUAAUCAACCUAUGGAUAUGGGCUUGGAUCUCAGGAUCAGGUUAACACGUCCCAGCAUGCAGAGUUCAGAUGGAGGGUCCGAUUCGCCGUCCAGUGUGGUGCUGCGUACGUCCACCUCCACCCAGGCCCCCGUGGUGCAGCCUGUCCCAGCCUCACAACAGAGGGUGCUGGUUCAGGCCACAGGUUCGGCCCAGAAGGGAGCGCAGGUGCAGCAGCUGUCAGUUCCUCGGGUGCAACAGGUCCCUCAGCAGGUUCAGCAGGUCCAGCAUGUUUACCCCUCCCAGGUUCAAUAUGUAGGAGAGGGGGGAGAGGCAGUUUACACUAAUGGAACCAUCCGGACAGCCUACUCCUAUAACCCUGAGGCCCAGCUGUAUGGGCAAGGUAGUGGAGGAGCCUACUUUGACUCUCAGGGUGGGGGUGCCCAGGUCACCACGGUGGUCUCCUCGGCCGGCGGCGGGCCGCCCCACAGUAUGGUGGGCAUCGCCAUGGAUGUGGGCGGUAGUCAGGUCAUCUCCGGUGGCGGCACCUACCUGAUCCACGGCGGGGGCAUGGAUGGGGGUCGCCACCACGCCUCACAUUCUUCCCGCUCCUCCUCUGCUAUGCUUGAAAUGGCGAUUGAAAACCUCCAAAAGUCUGAAGGGAUUGCAACUCACAAAAGCAGCCUGCUCAACAGCCAUCUGCAGUGGCUGCUGGAUAACUAUGAGACAGCGGAGGGGGUGAGCCUGCCCCGGAGCUCCCUCUACAACCACUACCUGCGCCAUUGUCAGGAGCAGAAACUGGACCCUGUCAACGCUGCUUCCUUUGGGAAACUCAUCCGCUCCGUCUUCAUGGGCCUCAGGACCCGCCGCCUCGGCACUAGGGGCAACUCCAAGUACCACUACUAUGGCAUCAGACUGAAGCCAGACUCACCACUCAACAGACUUCAAGAGGACUCUCAGUACAUGGCCAUGAGACAGCAACCCAUGCACCAGAAACAAAGGUUCAAGCCCCUCCAGAAGGUGGAUGGCAUGGGAGACAGCCUGUCAGGAGGCUCCCAGCACUCAGCCAGCACCCCAGAGCAGUCUGUGGCAGCCCAGAGCCAGCACCACCAGCAGUACAUUGACGUGUCACAUGUCCUGCCCCCGUUCCCCACCCCUGACCUGGGCACCCAGCCCCUCCCCGAGCGUAUCAACAUGAAUGACGUGAAGAAGCUGCAGAACCUGUACAGGGACCACUGUGAGGCUACUCUGGAUGUGGUGAUGAACCUCCAGUUCCACUACAUUGAGAAGCUGUGGCAGACCUUCUGGUAUUCAACAGCGCCAUCUAGUGACGUAACCACCACCAUCCCCAACAGUGAUGAGGACAUGGAGGGGGUGAUCCCCAGGGAGAAGCUGAUGGCUCUGUGCAAGUAUGAGCCUGUCAAGCUGUGGAUGAGGAGCUGUGACCAUAUCCUGUACCAGGCCCUGGUGGAGAUCCUCAUCCCUGACGUGCUACGCCCUGUCCCCAGUACUCUCACUCAGGCCAUUCGCAACUUUGCCAAGAGUCUGGAGGGCUGGCUGACCACAGCCAUGAGCGACUUUCCCAAUGAGAUUGUACGCACCAAGGCAGCGGUGGUGAGUGCAUUUGCUCAGACCUUGCGUCGGUACACCUCUCUGAACCACCUGGCCCAGGCGGCCCGCGCCGUGCUGCAGAACACCUCCCAGAUCAAUCAGAUGCUCAGCGACCUCAACCGCGUCGACUUCGCCAACGUACAGGAGCAGGCGUCGUGGGUAUGCCAGUGUGACGAGACUGUAGUCCAGCGGCUGGAGCAGGACUUCAAGGUGACCUUGCAGCAGCAGAGCUCUCUGGACCAGUGGGCCGCCUGGCUGGACAACGUGGUCAACCAGGUCCUCAAGCCCCACGAGGGCAGCACCAGCUUCCCCAGGGCUGCAAGACAGUUCCUGCUGAAGUGGUCCUUCUACAGCUCCAUGGUGAUCAGGGACCUGACCCUGCGUAGUGCCGCUAGUUUUGGCUCCUUCCAUCUCAUCAGGCUGCUCUACGACGAGUACAUGUUCUACCUGGUGGAGCACCGCGUCGCCCAGGCAACCGGAGAGACGCCCAUCGCUGUCAUGGGAGAGUUCAGUGACCUAAACUCAAUGUUGCCCAUGCUCAUGGAUAAAGACCCGUCCUUCUCAGACGACAUGAGUGACAUGGGCAGUGACGAGGGCCGGGGGCCCAACGAACCGACCGUGAAAAGGGAGAGGAUCGAAAUCAACCACUCGCUGCAGGAGAUCUGAGUCCAGAUGAGGCCCGUGACCCUCUCUCAGGAGCCCUGCUGAAGCUCUGGGCUCUCCUGGUCCUGUCAGCACACUAAGAGCCGGUAGCCCAGCCUGCUACACAGCGAGUGUGUUCAGUGUAUAUAGAGAAGAGCAGCAGGCUCGGCCCCUACCCAACCACUCCUCCUAGUUAGUGUAUUUAAAGGGGGACUCUUUAUCCCAGGGAAAACAAUGAAUGCUCACCAAGUGGGUCUGGUUUGACCUGACAGGGGUAUACAGUUCAAAUUUCUGUUUUUUUUCCCCUGUUUUGCAACUGUGAAUAAGAAUGACUUUGUGCAGUACCCAUGUUGGAUACAUGUAACUUUGUAUGAGUGGUGUGUUUCUUAUCCUUUAUUAGCUGUGCCAUAGUGUAAUUCCAGUGCCUUAGAUGCUAACUCUUUAACCACCACUACUACAGAUGUCUAUCUCCUCCCUCAGCUGUGCCUCUACCGCAGUAUGAAUGUAUUGUUUCAAAACCUCAGACAUUCUAAAGCACCUUUAAACCUGUAGGUGUAAUAGGAUUAUUCUAUACGUGUUGCCUCAACGCACAUUGAUGCAACCAACUGACCCAAAGGACUUGUCCCUCUCCCACCAGCGAGGCCACUCGUGGCUCUGUCAGUAGGGCCUGAUGCAGAGAAAAAGACCCUAGUCUCAUUGCUGAUGGGAUGGUAGGGACCUCUAACACCCUGGCCGUAUGAGAUGAUUAGUUACCUCCUCCUUUUCUAUGCUCUGCUUUGUUCUUAUGAGGCAACUAUAAAAGAGUAGCCACUGUUAACUCUACCAACUCCCCCAUACUCAAGUAACCUUCAUAUAUAUAUAUAUAUAUAUAACUUUUCAUCCAAAUUGUAACUAUUCUAUGAUGCCGUUUGGCAUCAACUCAAUUUCAGGAUGCACACAAUGCUGGUCUCAUUGAUCCAUGACUCUAGAACUUUGGGGGGUGUUUCUAGAUGUCACACCCCAGAGUCUAGGACAAGCCAGUUGCAUCUAUAUUGAUGAGACCUUUAGAUUUAUGUUUUAAAGACUGAAAUGAGAGUGGUGAACUGUGUUCAGGAAACCACCAGAUUGUAUGUAUAUAUAUAUGAUGAUCUACCUUCUGGGUUAACUGGAGCUGUCUGGCAUCCAUUUUGUGGAGCCGUAUAUCUGGCCCAAACUGGGCCAUGUCGAAUUUCUUAAGGGAUGUAAAAUAGUAUGUAUUUACCAAAACAUGAAAGAGCGUUGGACCUCUGAAGCCAAAACCCUUAAAAGGGAACUCCUAAUUGCAUCUGUUCAGUUCAACUGAUGCUCUGAGUUCAGACAGUGUGGCUCACCCCCUUAAAUGGUACCGUUACUCAAAUGGACUCGUUCCAUUUUGAUUGGAGGGGGAAAUAUUCAGAAUAUCCUGAUCCAUGUUUAGUUUAAUGCUCGAUAUAUGAAAGUGUAAACGGCUCGAGACGGUUUCUCUAAAGAUGAUUUACAUAUUAUAUAGCCGUACAAUUGUACUGUACUGAUUGUGCGAAACCAACAAACUGUUAAACAUACAUAAAUAUAUUUCUUAAUAUGAUGUAGAAAAUGUGUUUAUUAAUGGCCUUUUGAGUUCACAUGGGGCUGGAUCACACCGGUAUUGUGGAAGAUUGAAAUUGAAAGGCAACGUUCGAAGACUGCAUUCAUGGUAAACGGAAAUUACCUUUUACAUUUUUAAACACAGAUCUUUCGCAAUACGGAUUGAAUCCAGCACUUGGUCUUUCCCCAAUAAUUUCUCUCUUCCCAUACUGUACCGUUUGUGCUUUUAAAAGGGGAUGUCCUCCUUGCUUUGAUUAUUUAGUGGCUGGGACUGAUGUGUGUGACGCAGACGUUUUGUCUUGUUUUGAUCAUUUUCUAUGUCUUAUGGUCAACACAACAAUAUUUAACUGUAACAGUGUUGAUAUUUGGGGUGUAAGUGCCCAAUUAACCGUCAGUCACAUGUCCAUAUUAAGAGAAUCUCCAUUUCUAUUUAUGAAUAAAUAUAACUGAUUUAAUUACUGAUUGACAUGAACUUUCUAAACACUUUUGGUUGAAUUUUACUUCCCCCCCACAGAGUUUGUAGUAGCUUGAGAAUCCUGAGCUCUUUGUAACUCGUGCCUGUCACAGUACUUUGCCUUUUAAGUGCUUUGGAAAGUAAUUUCUACGUGAACUUUAAUGUUUUUUGUAAUGCUGUUUAGACUUUUGGCUGAGGAUUAUUUUUUAUUGAACUAAAUCUGGUUCUUCUUACAAGUAUAUUGAACCCUUAUUUUUAUGUAUUUUUAAACAUUCUUGACUACACUUUACCUAGCUUGAGGGCAUACAGUCUGUAACAAACUGCAUAGUUCAACUGUAUUUUGUACUGAUCAAUGUGUAAUAAAUUGGUGGAAACCA